GAUGCAUUAUUGGUGAUUCCAAAGACUUUGGCUAUGAACGCGGGUUUCGAUGCACAAGAGACGAUUGUGAAACUGACUGAAGAGAGAAUGGCGAGCGGUGGAAAGAUACCCGUUGGACUGGAUAUCACCUCGGGUGAGCCGACGAACCCAGUGGGAAUAUGGGACAAUGUGAUCGUGAAACGCAACAGUCUGUCGUCAUGCUGCGUGAUUGCGUGCAAUUUACUUCUGGUGGAUGAGGUUAUGCGUGCUGGAAUGACGAAUCUGAGGACAGGCCAGUGA